GGAGGGGGUAAAGUACAAAAAUUCUUCGUUUGAUGCUCUCCAUGUUCGCCGCCAUGAUGGAAAGAGCUUGGCUGGUCUUGAAGUAAAAUGUAUCGGUUAUCCUCACGAAAGACGCUCGUAACUCGCAAUGUGUGAUGCACGGUUGAUUAUUAAUAAACACUCGUGUGUUAUUGAAUUGUAAUGUGAGUGUUUAAUGUGUGGAUGUUUAGUUUUCACAACGGAAUUUUGUGAUAACAUUAUGGCUCUCAGAAGAUGAGUGAUCAUCAGGCUGGGACGGGACCUCAUCCGUCCCCGCAGAAUUUGAACGUCGCAUCCGGACAGACAGUGAGGAUACAACAAGUGUUGGCCUCUGCGCCGCAAAAUGUGAACGUCUUGACAACGCGUGGGCAGCAAUUUGUGAUAACAUCUCAUGUGAAUGUUCCUGGCCUAACUCAAGUUUUACCAACUAUUGCUGGCAGCAAUGCAGGAAUCCAGCAGGGGGUUACUCGAAUCUUGAACAUCUCUCAGUCUCCCCGAGUGAAUGUAGUGGGUGUUUCACAAGUGCCUGGUCGGACAGGAAGUGUACAACUUGCUAACAAUACCAGUAACAAUGCUCCUGGAGAAGUGUCGGGGAGGGGUGCGGUGUCACUUGUUGCCAUUAGUCAACCACCUACGGUUAAUGCUGCAUCUCACCCUACCUUGGUUAGCACACUUUCUUCACCUCCGAGGCAGAGGACGACAAACUCUUUAGGGAUCAUGCAAUCUUCUCCUACAUUAGUAUUAGCCUCACCUCCCACAGUGAGAUCACCAUCGAACCCUCAUGGAACUUUAUCUCAUCCUGCUGUGAGCCAAUCCACUGUUUCUCAUCUCUCAGGUUCUCGAAAGAGGAUACGACUGACAGAAAUGCAGGAAAGAACACCACCAAGUGAAGAAGUUGCAGCGACUAGGAAGAGGAUCCAAGAUCAUAAGACCUUGCAUUUGAGUGCAGUUCGUGAACAGUUUGCGGAAUUCACUGCUGAAUUAUUCUUUUUACAACAUGGUGGAAAUAUGAUGGAUUAUUUUUCCUGGCGUAAGCGACCUCCUUCAGCACAGUUCCUGCAUUUUUUAAGAACAAAUCCCUUAGACCCCGAGGAUGAUGAUGAAGAUCUAACUCAGGUGUUGUCUACAUCUCUUAGUACGCCCUCUGCAAGUGUGGACAUUAAACCUAAUGUGACAAACACUCUCGGUUCUUCAAUGUCAUCUCCUGCUCCACCUCCCUGUCAACAAGUUCCUGAUACUUCUGCAGUUGUUCCUGUGAGUUCAGGAAUAGUGACUGUUACUACAAAUACGUCUACAAAUAUGUCUCCAGUGAAACAAAGCAAGUCACCUGUGACAGUUCGUCAGUAUCCAAAACCUCACUCAAUAUCUGCUGUAUAUGAUACAUCUUUAGGAAGUCAAGAGCAGAUAGCUGAAAAAGCCAAACAGGAAGCAUAUGUUAUGCAAAGAAUUGUGGAACUACAAAAAGAAGGUCUUUGGUCUGAAAAACGUUUACCAAAAGUUCAGGAACCACCACGCGCAAAAGCUCACUGGGAUUAUCUUGUUGAAGAAAUGGUUUGGCUAGCUGCUGAUUUUGCUCAAGAAAGAAAGUGGAAGAAGGCAGCUGCCAAAAAGUGUGCACGAAGUAUUCAGAAGUAUUUUCAAGAAAAAGCAAUUCAAGCCCAAAAGGCAGAAAAAACUCAAGAAUUGCGAUUACGGAAGAUUGCAAACUUCAUUGCAAAAGAAGUGAAAACAUUUUGGACAAAUGUAGAAAAGCUUGUGGAAUAUAAACAGCAAACCAGAUUGGAAGAGAAAAGGAAAAAGGUGCUAGAUCAACAUCUUAGUUUUAUUGUUGAUCAGACUGAAAAGUAUUCCACUUGGCUGGCAGAAAGCAUGAAUAAGCCUGGAGACACUGUGUCACAUAGUGUUCCUCCGUCUGUGAACUCUUCAGUAUUAUCUUCACCCUCCAGACCAGAUGGAGUUACUGAUGAUGAAUUUCAACCCAAUCAAAGUUCUACAGAUGAUGAAGAAACAAUAGCUAAAGCAGAAGAGGAUAUGGGCAGUCAGGGUAAUUCAGAUGAAAUAGAAAUGUUAAAACGAGAAUCUGAACUUCCACUGGAAGAUUUGUUGAAAGAACUACCUGAAGACUAUUUAGAAAAUAGAGAUAAAUUAGUGAGUGAAGGCAAAAGUGAUGAUGAAAAAUCAGUUUCCAAUGACGAUGAAUUUGUGGCUUCUGAUGGAGAAUCUACUGAUGAUGAAGAAACUAUUCAGGAGCAGGAGACUAUGGAGGGAACUGUUGAUCAUAAAGAAGAGCUUGCUGCUUUAGAGGCUGAAGGAGAAAUGAGUCUUGAAGAAUUAUUAGCAAAAUAUGGAGGACCAGAUUGUUUAGAUGCUGAAGUUCAAGAUGAUCAAGACAAUGAGACUGAUGAAAAGAGUGAUUCAGAAAGUGAAUGUGAAGCUGAAGAUGGUGAGGGAACAGAUGCAGAAGAUGAAAAGAGCUGUGAAGAAAGUGAAGUUGGGUUAAAAUCAUUGUUGGAUGAUACGAGUACAUCAGUUAAUGAGCAAAAUGAGAAAAAUGCAGCUGCUGGCAAGGAAAUAACUGAUGUAGCAGCCUUGGCAGAAAGUAUUCAACCUAAGGGAAAUACUCUAUCAUCAACUAACGUUGUAACGACGAUUCCAUUUCUUCUGAAGCACACCUUGAGAGAAUAUCAACACAUUGGCUUAGAUUGGCUUGUUACUAUGUUUGAUAGAAAACUGAAUGGUAUUUUAGCAGACGAGAUGGGCCUUGGUAAAACAAUACAAACAAUUUCAUUGUUAGCUCAUUUGGCUUGUGAAAAAGGAAAUUGGGGUCCUCAUUUAAUAAUUGUUCCAACAUCUGUUAUGCUGAACUGGGAAAUGGAAUUCAAAAAAUGGUGUCCAGCCUUCAAAAUUCUUACAUAUUAUGGAACCCAAAAAGAGAGGAAACAGAAAAGGACAGGCUGGACUAAACCUAAUGCCUUCCAUGUAUGUAUUACUUCUUAUAAAUUAGUUAUCCAAGAUCAUCAAAGCUUUAGAAGAAAAAAAUGGAAGUACUUAAUUCUUGAUGAAGCUCAGAAUAUAAAAAAUUUCAAAUCACAACGUUGGCAAUUACUUCUUAAUUUUCAAACACAGAGGCGCCUGUUACUCACUGGAACUCCAUUACAAAAUAAUCUAAUGGAAUUGUGGUCCUUGAUGCAUUUUCUAAUGCCAAAUGUAUUUCAGUCACAUCGUGAAUUUAAAGAGUGGUUUUCUAAUCCAGUAACUGGAAUGAUAGAAGGGAAUUCUGAGUACAAUGAUAGCAUUAUUAAGCGUCUACACAAGGUAUUGAGGCCUUUUCUUUUGCGGCGGUUAAAAACUGAAGUAGAAAAGCAGCUUCCCAAAAAGUAUGAACAUAUAGUUAUGUGCCGGCUUUCAAAACGCCAACGGUUUUUGUAUGAUGACUUCAUGUCUCGGGCCAAGACAAAAGAAACUCUGGCAACAGGAAAUUUACUCAGCGUUAUAAAUGUUUUAAUGCAGCUUCGGAAAGUUUGCAAUCAUCCAAAUUUGUUUGAAGUUCGACCUACAGUCUCACCAUUUCAAAUGGAAGGGAUAUUGUAUGUUACUUCAUCAUUGGUGUAUUCAGCAUUGAAUUAUGACCCUUUCAAGCAUGUGAAUUUUACCUUCAUGAACUUACUUUUGGUGGAAUUGGAAACAAGCCUAACUGCUUUUGUAGCUCAUAGAUUAAAGAAAUUUUGUGUCCCAAAGCAACGGAUUGAAGAAAUUGACAAAGCUCCUGAAUGUGCUCCACGUUGCCCUGCAGGGAAGAUAAAAAUAAAUGUUCGAUAUACUUACAAUCAGCAGCCUAUUUCCUCUGCAAGCUCUCUUCUCUUGAACAAGGGACUAGCAUUAAACAUUGCUGGCUCAAGAAUGGGAGCAUCUCCACUAUUGAAGAGUGUCUUACCUCAAGGAUUAGGUCAAGGAGUAACUCUUCGAGUGACAGGAGGAAACCAAAUGCAGGGAUAUUCAGUGCAGUUAGUUCAGCAACAAGGAGGACUGAAAGCCAUUCCUGUUGCCACAUUGGGCCCUACCCAGCAAGUAUCUGGUACUACUGUUCAACAAACACAACAACUUCAAGGUGUUCCAAAGCAAGAUGGCAUGCAGCGAAUAACCUUGCCAGCUGGUUUUGCUCAACUGGUGCAGACUUCAACAGGACGUCAUCACAUACUAUUUACAUCUCAACAAAUGGUGCAGGCAGGAAGUUCCCAGAACAUACCAACUACUACAACAGUAUUGACUGCAAGUGGACAGCGUUUAACAGUGGUUCCAAAAUCUGUAGGAAAUGUGGCAACUACUUCUAUAUCAAGUGGAAGUCGAAUGGUGUCUUCUCCUGGUUUAGCUCGGCCUGUUGUGAGAGUUCCACCUUUAAAUGUUAAUACAACAGGAGCUUCAGUAUCUACUUCUAACCUUCUGAACAACAAUAUAGUAGCAAGCACUACAACCAUUACAACUACAGUUACCUCAUCAACUACAAAAACUAGUGCUGCUUUGACUCAGCCUAUGUUAACGGCAUUGGUACAGAAACCUCGAAAUGUUGCUAGUCAUUCACCUGUAACUAAUGUGAACUCUGCCAAUGUGACUAUUAAGACUGAGCCUGAUACAGAAAAUCCUAUUGUGAAGACUGAACCUGGAUUAGAAACAUCACGGAAGACAUGUUUGCAGGAUGCAGUGACUCAAUCUGUCUUUUAUUUGCCUGAAUUAGAAGGACUGAAACAUCGCAAAAGAAAAGAGAAGCUUUGUAUGAUGGCUAGUCGCAAUUACCGUCGGUGUCAAGCUUGUCCAAUUUAUGGAGCUGAUUUACGAGAAUCUCUGAAUGUAACAAGUUCAACAAAUCCAGAAAACAGCCAAUGGAGUAGUGCAGGCUAUGUGCAUUGUCUUAAUGCAUUCAAACCAUUUCACACAUCUGAUGAAUAUUAUAGUCGCACUGACAGUCUUCUUGCAGCUGUACAUUCUGCUGAACAGUAUGUUGAAGAGCUUCAGGAUAUUUUUUCGAGGUUUGUGCUUUGUGUACCUGCAGUGUCUGCUCCGCAACCAGAGAUUCAUGUAUCUCACCCUCCUCCGUCUCAGUUAUGGGCACUUAAGCGAACUCAAGCAAUGCUUCAGCAAGAAUUGUCUUCAAAAUGUGCAUUACUUCAUCCAAUUGCUAGUGCAAUGGUAACACAAUUUCCAGAUCCCAGAUUAAUACAAUAUGAUUGUGGUAAAUUGCAAGUACUGGAUAAAUUGCUGCGUCAACUAAAAGCUGAUCAUCAUAGAGUGUUAAUUUUCACACAGAUGACCAGAAUGCUGGAUGUAUUAGAAGCAUUUUUAAAUUUUCAUGGUCAUAUUUAUCUUCGAUUAGAUGGAACAACUCGGGUUGAUCAGAGACAGAUUCUCAUGGAACGUUUCAAUGCUGAUAAAAGGAUCUUCUGCUUCAUUCUUUCAACUCGAUCUGGUGGCAUAGGCGUGAAUCUUACAGGGGCUGACACUGUGAUAUUUUAUGAUAGUGAUUGGAACCCAACAAUGGAUGCUCAGGCCCAGGAUCGAUGCCAUAGAAUUGGACAAACCAGAGAUGUUCACAUUUAUAGGCUCGUCAGUGAAAUGACCGUGGAAGAAAAUAUUUUGAAAAAAGCAAAUCAAAAGAGACUUUUGGGAGAUCUUGCUAUUGAAGGUGGUAACUUCACAACAGCUUACUUUAAAAGUUCUACUAUCCAAGAUUUGUUCAAUAUUGAUGUUGGAGAAAAUGAUGCGUCCAGGAGAAUGGCAGAAGUACUGGAUAGAGAUGCUGAAAGAAGACGUCCAAGCGAUAGUCAGCUCCCUCCAUCUCCUCAUGAAGACAAAAUGGCUCUUGGUGCUUUGGAAUCUGCGUUGGCUGCUGCUGAAGAUGAAACAGAUGUGUUGGCAGCCAGGACUGCAAAGGCUGAAGCAGCUGCAGAUUUGGCCGAAUUUGAUGAGAACAUUCCUCUGGAAGAUGGUGAAACUGUUGGAGGAGAUCCUGAAAUAAGUAGAGCAGAACAAGAAGUGAAUAACAUCAUGCAACAGCUUACUCCUGUGGAACGGUAUGCAAUGAAAUUCGUAGAAGAAACAGAUUCAGCUUGGUCAGCAGAACAGUUGGCGGCAGCUGAAGCUGAAAUUGAGCAACAGAAGAGAGAAUGGGAGCUGGGUCGUCUUCAGGCCUUGAAGGAGGAAGAAGAGAGGAGAUCACGCCUGGAAGAUGAUGACGACCAGCUUCUCACUUUCUCACGCGAGGAUUCCCAGAAUCAGAUGUGGAUAUCAGACAACUGCAAAGAGCAAAUGCCUAUGUGGUGCCCGCCAACACCUCCUCAAGAUGAUAAUGAUGUAUACAUUGAUCACUCUAUUGGAUUUUUGUAUGAACAAAGUGUGAUGUCUGAAUCUCAGUUACCUCCAGUGUACAUUAAAAAAGAACAUAAACGAAUGAGGUUGGAUGCAUCAGCUAACGACAAAGAAGGUCGCCGUCCUCUUAAAGUGAGACACUGUGAAGAAUCAAUGUAUUCACCAAGAUCAUUAUUUGAUAGACAGUCACCGGCUAUUAUGAAGAUGCGAAGAGACAUGAAAUUUCAGAAAUAUAGGGGGAUGGUUCGAAAUCCUCUUACUUUGUCAGGCUUGAAAUCUGCCAUUCCUACAAAGUCUCAGCCUGAGCCCGAUAAUGCUCCAGAAUGGUUGAUUCAUGAAGACUGGGCCUUAUUGCAGGCAGUGCAAGUGUAUCUUGAACUUCCACUCAACCUUGCUGGAUUAUCUCCAGCACACACACCGAAUUGGGAUUUUGUAUCUGAAAUUGUAAACAAUGUCUCCCGAACAUACCGCUCACCUAAACAAUGCCGAAACAGGUAUGAAUCUGUCAUUAUUCCUUGGGAAGAAGGAAGGUUGCUGUAUGAUGUGAGCCCCAAAAAGCCAAAAAAGAACAAAGCUCUUGGGAAACCUUUGCAACAGACAAAAGCAAAUCGCCCCAUGCGCACAUCACAAUUGUACAUGCAAGACAACAAUGGCAUGUACCUUCGCCUUUACAACCAGCGCUUUGAGACUAUAAAAAAUUUAGCUAGCAAGAAACAAUCCUCCACAAAACCAGCUGUGGUUAACUCGGCCACAAGGAACACUAAACUUCCCCCGGUUCUAGCUGAAAGUGGAAUUAAUUAUGAAGCUCCACUUACUCCAAUAGAAGUAGUCAUGAAAAGAGCUGAACGUAUAGCAAAGGAAAAGCAGAAAACAGUGCAGGCUCAGCUGUUGUCAGAACAAAGGAGACUGCAGCAGCAGAAGCAGCAACAACUGCUGCAACAGCAGCAGCAGCAACAACAACAGCAACAGCAACAGCAAGCUGCUUUGGGAGGUGCCGUGCAGGUGAAAACAGGCAUGUCGUCACCUCAGCAGAUGUCUCUUGGAUCAAUGGUGACAUCGGCUACUGCGACAAGCUCUUCACCACAGGCAGUGGUUGUUGGCAUCAAUCAAUCACAAGAAAUGGUGGCUAAUCAAGUUCGCGCUGUCACUAGUUCCUCUGGUUCUGUCGUCACUGUUGCUAAUCUAAAUCCAACUCAGGUUCAAGUGGCAGCACAACGACUAGCAACUGUGAGCUUACCUUCUCAAACUGUUCCUGUUACUACUCCAACCAAAACUGUUUCAGGUGGAACUGUGACUGCUAAUAAAGCAAUGAGUGUUCAGAUAUUGCGACAGUUGCGUCAGCAGCAAACACAACUCCAACAGCAGCAGCUUCAACAGCAACAACAGCAACAGCAGCAGCAACAACAACAACAGCAGCAACAACAACCACAGCAGCAACAGCAACAACCACCACCACAACAACAGCAGCAGCCGCAGCAACAGCAACAUCGUUUAACACCCCAACAGCAAUUGAAGGUUCUGCAAGCUGCUCAGGCAUCAGGACAAACUAUUGCACCUGGACAAAAGGUCUCAGUGGCUAUGACGUCAAGUGGUGUUGGAGGUGUCACAGCUGUUCAAGUGUCCCAGGCUGCUGCACAGAGGGCACAACAGUUGAUGAAUAUGAAUAUGAAGCAAGUUGCCGUUGCCACUGCUGCCGCUGCUUCCGCAAGUGGAAAGCAAGGUGUGUCGCGUGUGACAGACUCUGAAGUGGCUGCUCUCAUUAAACAACAACAGCUGGUUGCCGCCCAAAGAAAAGGUCAGCAGUUACACGUGGCAUCUCAACCUGGCCUUUCACAAGCUCAGGCUCAUCUUUUAGCUCAAGCAGGAAUACAGAUGCAACAGCAAGCUGGGACAUCUGGACAAACUCGAGUGGCAACUCUUGUGAAGGCUGUGUCAGCCCCAGGCACAGCUCAGAGUGUGACCAUUCCAGUCACUGGUAUUACUGGCAUGACAUUGCCCCAAAUGAAAGCCACUCUCUCUCCAGGCACAAAAGGUACAACGCCUCAACAGAUACGCCAGUUGUCUUUGCAUCCCCAAAUACUGCAGCAACGAAAACUUCCUAUGCAGAAAGUUGCUCAGCUCACUCAGGUUGCUGGUAAGGCUGGAGUCCCUGCACAGUUGAUAGUACAGUCUCCUAAAGCUAUGCCGACAACUGUGACAGUUCAGCAGAUCCAGCAAGUCAUUAAACAUAUGCCACCUCAGUCUGUUCAACAUAUCACCCAUGUGUCAGGAGGUCAAGCCAUCGUGUCGCAGCCAUCUGGAAGCCAGGUGAUUUCGCAUGCUGUGCUUGCUAAAGGUUCUCAAAUACCAGGAGGUGGGCAGGCCCUGCAGACACGUGUCAUUCCCAUGACCAGCAAUCAACAAGGCCUCAAACAAACUAUACAGGUUGUUACAGCAGCCCCUGGUGGCAGGACAACAGUGCCCAAUGUGACAAUUGACUCUGCAGGAAGGCCAACAGUCAGUGUAGCUUCAACUUUGGCAUCUGCUCUUGCUGGAACCAUUAAAGUCAGCCCUUCAGCAGCACAGCAGCAGGCUCUCUUGUCACAGGUGAGUGCUGCACUCCAGGGUCAGCAUGUACAGCAAAUACGACAAUCUGGAUCGAGUCCAAUGCGAAUCCAAGCAGUGGCUGUGCAGCAGCAGGGUCAGGCUCUUCCUGCAGUAAUCACUCAGCCAACACCCCCACAGGCUCCUAAUCAUCAGGAAAAUCAGACUCCAUAAUUCACCUUUGAAAGAAGAAUUAGGAGCACAGGGAUGAUAUUUGAAGAUGAUUUGUGUAAGAUCUUGUGAACAGACUGUUGUGAAAGGCAAGAUCUACUACUGAUCCAUCAAAUAUUCCAGUACAUCGAUUAUAAAUUGACUGCAGCUUCAUUGGGAAGACAGACAAAAUUCUUGACCCUAAGAGGCAAAAUGUGGAAUGAGAAUUGCAAUGGUUGCCUUUUCGAAGUCCAAGUAUUUAGUACUUUCAGAAGACUCCUUUCCAAUGUAUUAUGUUGCUGUCAUUUUUGGUUAUACGUGCAACAGUGUGAUGUUAUAUGUAAUCAUUGUUCUGUGUUGUAGAAUUCUUUUUGAAAGAAAGAACCCAUAUUGUAAUUUUUGUGAAAAGGAAUUGACUAGAUUCCUUUAAGCAGUUUUAAAGGAUUUUGAAAAGAAGCACUAAUCUGUUGUACAGUUCGAAUUCGUGGAAUAUUGGUGAUAUAAGAAUUUGACUCGGAAAAGUUCUUACAUCUGUAAAAUUAUUGCCAGUAUAUUUCCGUGUGUUUUUUUUUCCCCGAUACUUCAUGUGAUGCACUGGCAAUGGACAUGCUGAACUGUUGAAUGUCACUACGUAUGUGAAUCGUGUACAUUUAAUGAUUACUUGUGAAUAUUGUAACUGUAGAUAAAUAUCAAAACGAAUUUUACUAGAUAUAGCAGAAUGUUUAUAAUGUAAGCAUGUGUGUUCGUGAUUAUUAGUGAAUAAUGCGAAGUUUUUCAUACUGUGUGGAUAUUGAUGUCUGAAAUUUGGGUGAUUCGAUUUGUAUGUCUGUUGUGUGUACAUUGUUAUAUCAAACGGUGCAUGACUCGGUACAAAAUUUGAAGCAUUGUAAUAUUAGAAUAUUGUGCAAAAACUAAUGUUUGUUAACUUUGGUUGUUAAUAUGACAACCUAGAAAUAUUGGAAUCCUGAAUAAGAGAAAAUGCUAUAAAAGUGUUCUUUUGUGAUACCCUUGAUUUCCUAUUCUAAUGCCUAUAUUUAUUUUGACAGCAGUUUUGCUUUUAACCAAACAUGUGUAAAGUGGUUUUGCUUCUUUAUAUUGUAGCUCUACAUAAGUCUAGAUCAGUGGUGAAUAAUGACUUCAAAAGUGGAGAUGGUUCACAAAAUGAAAAUGUGGAGGAGUGACCAAAAAAACCAGCCAGUUCUGAGGCUCUUGGCUUUGAAACCAGCCAAGACCUCCCUCAUGAUUUAAUAGGGCAGGUGAGGUAUACCUCCAUCACUGGGAACCUACAACAUUAAUUUUUCCAAAAUUUUGUAUGAACAGUUUUUUUUAAAAAUAUUUAUCAACUGCUUGUUUGCUGCACUCUUCGCAACUUUCUCAACAAGUUUGCUCACCCUUGCCCUCUGUAUGAUCUUGUCAUUGUAUCGUGGAAUAAGCUGCAUACACAAGGAUUUGAAGUUCAUUUAUGUCCUCUUUUGUCUGAUCCCCUCUCCAAGUCUUUGAUAUAUUGACUAAUGCCAUGGAGCUAUAUGCCCCUUAUAACCCAGUUUGUCAUCACUGGCAAUCUAUGGUUUAUCAUCAUCAAUGCUUUACCAUCACUUUGUUGAAGUCUCUUGGAAGUUAACUAAUGUGUAAGCAUUAUAAUUGUAGAUUAUUUUCUCUUAUCUGCUUUGGAGUUAAUGCUAGAAAAUUAGGAUGUGAUUAUAACUCAUGAUAUACAAACAUGAAGUGUGUGCUUAACACAUCAACUAUACACAUUUGUAAAUAGCGAAAAUGUUUGGUUGUAACACGAAAGUGCUACAGCUGGCACAAGCCACCACUGGUCUAGAUUUCAACAUCUCAUUGCUAUUAGUAGUUGUAUCCAUUAAAACAAAAAUUCCAGUGGAACAUUAAUAUGAGUUUAUUGGUUGAUCUCAUUUCUAAAUGCAAUUCUUUAAAUCCUGGUGUUUGAGUACAAAAAAUUUUUGUGGGUGAAUCACUAUUGUGGUGUUUUGACAUGGACACGCUUACUUAAUUGUGUUAAUACGCACAUAACUAUGACAUAUGGAGAAAAAAUAGCUCUUUAUUGUCCAGGUAGGAACAUGGGUCCAUCUAAGCUUUUGUAGUAGAUGUUAGCAAAACCUGGACAAAUGCCAGGAUAAGAAUGGCAGUGACUGAAAAACAAGCAUAUUCAUAUUUCAUGCAUUAAAAUAAUCAUGAGCAAAAUUACUCUAGCCAAACCAAGUUAAAAUGUACAUUAUUACAAUAAACAAAAUGUUGAGCUAUUGUUUGUUUUAAUUUUUAUUGAAUCUCAAUUUGUAUUAUAUUAAUGAAAUCAUAAUUGUUGAGCCUUACUCUUUUCCUUUAAAUCAAUUCUGCUAAAAGUU